CAGGGGUCUUGUACACAAAGGGUGAGCGAGGGGCGUGGGGAGGCUACAAGACGUCGCUGCCCCGCCUGGCCAGGCGAUGCUCGUCCGACUAGCCUGCCGGGGAGUGGGGACAAGGAGCAGGCUUAACUUGGGGCUCGGGAUAUUUGAAUGCCGCGGAAAUUGUCGUUCUACCCCGACGGGUGAGGGAGCGGAGAGCGGAGUGCGUGCGCGAGCUGAGUGAGUGCUUACGUCGCAGCGAGAUCUGUGCUGGGAUAAUUAGAGAGGAGUUGGGCUGUGCCGAGUCCUCUUUUAGCAGCGGCAGCCGGAGCCGCAGCAGCAGCAGCAGCAGCAGCAGUAGCCCGGAGGGGCGCGCCUGAGUCCCGCCACCCGGGCGCGCUCGGGAGAGGCCCGCGCCCAGUUGCAGCCGCCCCGCAGGACCCCGGCCCCGGCGGCUCCGGGCGCACAAAGGCGGCGGCCGCCCGCGUGGCCUUCUCCAUCCCGGCGUUCGAAUCCCGCUCCCUCCAUUCUCCUCUCCCGAAGGCGAGGAUGGCAGGGCCGGGUGAGGACCUGGGACAGCGGUGGCCCUAGCCGUGCACCCCCACCCCUUCUACUGGGAGAGGCAGCGGGCUGCUUGCGGACGAUGUGGCCACGGCUGCUCCCCAGUGCGUCUUCGGCCCGGGUCCCCGCUACUGCCUCUCUUCUCUGCUUGCUCCAUCCCACCGAGAGGAGUUGAUGCUGCUGCCGCCGACGCCGCUGAAGCCGCGGCUGAUGGAUGCCAGGGAGUGCCGCAUUGCUUAGCGUCCCCGCCUCCGGGUGUGCUGGUAGGAGCCGGCUGCUCUUUCUUCUCUCUUGCUUUGGGGUUAUAUAGAAAAGACGCCCUCUCCCCGCCCUGGAGCUCAGCGCUGAAGAGCCACCUUAUUAUUAAUCAGAAUUCCCAUCGUUAUCCUGGCAGGCGCAUCCUUCAGUGGGUUCCGCAGAAGCAUCACAGAGCUGGGGCUGAGAUGUGCGUGGGGGUUGUUUGUGUUACAUCUUGGAAGAGAAGAGUACAGUACCAAGAUCAGCGCCAACUGUGCUGGGUGCGAUUAGGGGUGUUUUGUUAGGGGAGAGAAAGGACAAGAAGAGGAGUGCUGGGUCCGCCAAAGGUCCACAUCUCUUUAAAGAAAAGAGAAGAGGGACCCGAAGUGGGGCAUUGUUUUUAGCGAGUGGAGAAAGAAGUUUAUAUAGCCCACAGAAAAGCUGUGGGAAAGCAGGAGCAACAGGGUUUUUGAUUGGACACCAAGACAAAUAAUUUCCUGUAAAGAAGACGAAGCAGGCAGCUGCGAGAUCUGGAGGCCAGAGUGUGGUGGUGGCAAGUGCCAGGUUUGCUGUGGGACGGUCAGCAAAAGGAAGGGAAGGCUCAGGAACAAGCAGAACAAUGACUCAUUUACAAGCUGGUCUCUCUCCUGAGACUCUGGAGAAAGCUCGCCUGGAGCUCAACGAGAACCCGGACACACUGCACCAGGACAUCCAGGAAGUGAGGGAUAUGGUCAUCACCAGGCCGGACAUUGGAUUUCUGCGCACGGAUGAUGCCUUCAUCUUACGCUUCUUGCGGGCCAGGAAGUUUCAUCACUUUGAGGCCUUCCGCCUUCUGGCCCAAUACUUUGAGUACCGGCAGCAGAACCUGGAUAUGUUCAAAAGCUUCAAGGCCACUGACCCUGGCAUCAAGCAGGCACUGAAGGAUGGCUUCCCAGGGGGCCUGGCCAACCUGGACCACUAUGGCAGGAAGAUUCUAGUCCUCUUCGCUGCCAACUGGGAUCAGAGCAGGUACACACUGGUGGAUAUUUUGCGUGCCAUCUUACUUUCUUUAGAAGCCAUGAUUGAAGAUCCCGAGCUUCAAGUGAAUGGAUUUGUUUUGAUCAUAGACUGGAGUAACUUCACCUUCAAGCAAGCUUCUAAACUUACCCCAAGCAUGCUACGAUUGGCUAUUGAAGGCCUCCAGGAUAGUUUCCCAGCGCGGUUCGGAGGAAUUCAUUUUGUCAAUCAACCGUGGUACAUCCAUGCCCUCUACACCGUGAUCCGGCCUUUCCUGAAGGAGAAGACUCGGAAAAGGAUAUUUUUGCAUGGCAACAACCUGAACAGUCUACACCAACUAAUUCAUCCUGAGAUCCUGCCCUCUGAGUUUGGAGGAAUGCUGCCCCCUUAUGACAUGGGAACAUGGGCAAGAACACUGCUGGACCAUGAGUAUGAUGAUGACAGUGAAUACAACGUGGACUCCUACAGCAUGCCUGUGAAGGAAGUGGAAAAGGAGCUCUCCCCCAAGUCCAUGAAGAGAUCCCAAUCAGUAGUGGAUCCUACAGUACUAAAACGCAUGGACAAAAAUGAGGAAGAAAACAUGCAACCUUUGCUCUCUCUGGACUGAUAACUUCUCUACACUCCCCAGGGAUUAGAAAUGGAAGGUACUUGUUUUCAGCAACAGGGACAGCACUGUGGAGGAAUUACCAGCUGGAAACUUAUUUAUUCAUAUUAACGUAGCAUAAUAUAUAAGAAGGCAUCAGGCUUUCCCAUUUGCCUGAACCUCGGGUGCCCUGGUCUGGAUUAAAAAAAGUCAAUAAUUUAUUCUGUAAGUGCCAAGUUCUUUGUAAAUACAAUGUAAUGUUCAUGUUAAGUUUGUAAAUUUUGGUAGUAACUUAAAUUGGAAAAGAUUGGCUCAUGAGUCUUUGCCAGUGAUAUGAACUAUAACGAAAAACAGAAAAGACACAUAAACAAUCAAAACUAAUUAAAUGUAGCCCUGUUUCCUAUGAAGCCAUAUUUCAGCUAUCAUAGUGAUUGUUUCACUGUUUUUCUUUGAAACUCUGUCAUAUUCAAAUGUACUUUUAAUAGACACAGGGAACUAGAUGAUUCUAGGAAAUUAUUAUGAUAAAUGUAUUUCCUGUCUAGUGGUUUUCAUUUCACAGAAAAAUGUGUCCUAGUGACUAUCACUGGCCUUGCAUUUUGGAGAUGAGAAAUGGCAGAUAAGCUGGUAAACUGAACACUUGAAUUCUUCUCUGUUAUUUAAUUCCUGGAGUCUUGUGAGAAGAUAUGUUCCCUAAAUUAAGAUGUGGAAUUCUGAAAGAGAGUGGAUUCUUUUUAAACUACUGUCUUCACAAUGUGUCCUUUAUUGAAGACCCUAUUAUACCCCUGUCUGAUGUACUUCAAGGACAUUUCCCCCCAAAACUCUUUGACCAACAGAAAGAGAACUCGUACUUGAAUAGUAUUUUGACAGCUAAUUUUGAACAUUCAAGUUGCCACGUAUGGAUAACGGGCUAAUUUCUAAUUCUUGUGCACUGGUUGAAAAACAUAUAUAUUCACAUACACAUAUAUAUUUUUACUGAGCUCUAAUAAAUCCUUGAUGUAACAGGCUUAAAAAAUAAAUCAUACAUAUUCAGUGAUCUUAGGGAUAUUAUAGAUUAUUAUAUGAGAUGCUAACUCUGGAAAACCACUUCCACUUAAGUUGAUGAAAAUGAGGUAUAGUGAAACAGACUUGCAGUGAACCUAUUUAAGGGAAUUUCAAUUUAAUUUGUAGUGCAAUCUUCAAUCUGUGCCAUUUUAGUGAAAUAUAGUUUUCUUUCAAAACAACAACAGGUCUUAUAGCAUAGGCAGUAUCAGGUGACUAAGAGUAAUAUAAUUUUUCUCAAAUUCAAGUUAAUUAUCCUAAUGAUCCUAUAAAUACACAUUUUCUUUUCAGCAAAGAUUGAAAGAACAUUUUGCAUCCAGAAGAUAUAAAGAAAGCAUCUGAGGACAUCUGAGAUAGCGUAUUAUAGUUUAAAUCUAGAUUUGGAAUGCUUAUGUUAUUUAAAGUUUUUAUUUCAUAAAAAUUCUGCAAUUAUAGCACACUUAAAAAAUCUUACAUCAAAUUCCAGUGUGAAAAAACGAGAUUUUUACUACCUUUUCAGAAUGGUAACUUUUGAGGUUGAGAAUUUACCAUUAGAAUAUUCUUUUGAAAGAAAAAUAUCUCAAGGAAUUCUUGGAAAGCAACAGAAAUAAAGGCUUGUAGCAGCCUUUGUAUACGUUUUAGCCAAAAGCUAAAAAAAUUCCAGUUAUAAUUCUACAGCCAAAAAUCUUAAAAUCAAGAUGAGUACUUCAAUCUGCAGUAUCACCAAUGAACUGUCUAGUAUUUGUAAAAAUACAUAAGUAUACAUAAAUAACAUGAAUGAAAGACAUCUUAAAAAUACCAACCUCUAAUCAAGUGCAGAAUAGUAAUGACUGUCAGGUACUCUGCUCCCCCCAUACAGAUGAUAGAUAUUGGAAUGAAUUACGGAUAGAAAGCCACAGCAACUCUUAAGCGUGUAAGAACCCUAACCAUUGGUGUUCUUACAUUUUUGCCUACCUGACCUACAUUUUAUAGCCUUGGGCUUUAUAUACUAUACAAGCAAGUGUUAGGCAAUAUGAUGCAUUGGAAUAAAAUAGAAACAAAGUACAGAAGGCCAAUCAACUUUUCAUUCUUGUAAGUUUCUCUUGAUAUGCACCACUUAUUGCCAAUUUUCGGAAUUCUACCAGCUUGAGAUGUCAACUGGCAUAGCCAGCUUCUUUCCUCUAUCAUAAGUCUUGUGUCAUAUAUAAAAAUAACUGGGAAGGCAUUUUUUAUGUGUAUACCUAUCUAAUUAUAAGUAUCAUUCACACUAUCUCCCUACCCAACAUUUGGGAACUUUGUGUUGGCAUUGCUGCUCGUCUGCUCUUCUUCGAAUGAGCAAUUGAGACUUGGCUGGAUUGUGUAAAAUAUUUUUAAAUGAAUUAACAGAUUACAACAAUGAUGCUUUUUGAAAUCGAUAUGUCUAGUUCAGUCUGUGAGUAAACUAACUUUCCAGUAAUGUUUUUGAAGCUGCUUAGUCAAGGGAUAUUUGGUCAACUUUAUGAAUUUUCCCCUCAGCACCAGCUAACUAAUUAACUAACUAACUAACUAACUGGGAGUUUUUUCUCUCAUGUGAUUUUCUGUGUCAUGUAGCUAUGUCUGUUGUUACAUAACUUAGCAAAUAAGCACCCAUAUAUUUUUUCAAUUUAGUUGCAAUAGCACAUUCCCGCUCCCACCCAAACACUAGACGUUUGUCCUAAUGAAUUUGCCUGCCUGUUUUGAGAGCUAUGCUUUGGUUUUUCCUUUGGCUUCUUACUGAAAAUAUGUAGACAUCAAAGAAUUGUCAUAUUUGACUUGGAAUAGGCCAGUAGUCCACUGUCUUCUUUCCCCUUACCUGCGCUACCUUCUAUUUCUUCUUUCUUUUCGUUCCUCCAUUGUUUCAGGGGCAGCUGCUUCCAAAGCUGGUUUAAAAAUAAAUAACUUCUCCUAUGUUGUCAGUGAUAUUUGCACACAUUGUUGUGUGAUAUUUAAAAAGGAAGAGAUUAUCAUGAAAAUAUACUCUAAGAAAUAUGAAAAAGUGCCUCUUUAAAAAUGGAGUAUCAGUGAUACUAGACAGUGGAUUCUACUUGUACUCUCUUCCAAAAAGUAAAUACAUGCAUCUUUGUUAUAAGGGUAAAAUAUAGAUAUUUGAAGAAGGAUAUCUGAGGCCUUGCUUUGAGCAUUCUCAUACAGUAUUGUCUUUAUUGUGUAAGUUCAAUGCAGUAACUUGAACACGUGUUAUUGAUAAUUCUGGAGCUAUGCUAAAACAAUAUACAAGUAUUAAAUAGAGUUUUGCAAGCAAGUUUUUGAAGUGGGCAUGCAUGUUUUAUUUUAUUUCAAUAUUAGUUUGCAUAAGUGUAGGCAGAGACAUCCUUAAGUCUUUUUAUGUAAAAUGCUUGCUUACUUUACAGUACUGGUAAUUCAGACAUUCAUAAGCAGGAAAGCCAAACAGUUAGGUUCUCUUUAAUAUUGUUAAUUAGGUCACAUUGUUAAAUUAGACAUUAGAAUUUUCUGUAAUAUUCCUGAGGGAACAGAGGUCCCUCCAAUGCAUCAAGAAAAUAGAGAGUUGUUUAGACAUCGGGGAACACAUUUAUCACUCUUCACAAAAAGAACUCUUGGAGCCAUGGCAGUGUGUCUGCAGGAACAGACUUCCUUUCCUCCCACAAACCACCUAAAGGUUUACGGACAUAUUUAUGGUCCUUUAGAGAAGUUCUAGCAAGAAAACCUGCUGGAAGUCUGUGCACUCCUCUCUUGUUUUAUCUAAACGUGUAACUGGUCUGGUUAGUUAAUAAUAUCUCCUUUGCAUCUUAUUUUGUGUGUAUUUAUUAAUGAUGACUUGAAAAGUUGCCAUCAGCCGUGAGGGCAUUUCAGGAUGAUUUUCAACACACAAAAUAAAAUGAGCAGAGCUCUGGCACAGUAUUUGAACUUUCAGAUAUGGUUUUUACAUUUUUUACAUCAAUAAGCUGAUAGACAUAUAUUCUGUUUUAUAUGUGCGAUAUAGAUAUAUAGCCUAAAAACAGUGGGUACAUUUUAAAUGUAUCAGGGCAUUAGAUCAUGUAAGUAUCAGCAGGUUAUAUAAAAUAUAAUGGAACAAAAGUAGAAGAUUGGCUAAAUAUCCAGGGUGUGUAAUUCUCUUCAGUAGUGAAAAGGAUUUGUUUUUUGGUUUUGUUUUAGUUGAAAAAACUGCUUUCCAAUAUGCUAUUGGAACUAUUUAGCACUACUUACUAUUUGAAAGGGGGCAGAUAAGUAAAAAUACAAAAGGUGGCUUGGCUUUGAAACAUUAUUAUGUCAUGAUCUUAAUGGCUUAGAGAAUACAAUUUUUUUUCAUGAAUUCAGGUCAUUAUUUUGUAAACAUCCAUAUGUUAAUCCCACAUGUGAAGAUAAUAUUAUGAACUCUGUUCUGUGCUGAGUAUGGAAAUUUAUUCCCCUGGACUGUAAGAAAAAAUAUAAAAUAGCAAUUCUGUAGAUUGAAACACCCAAGUUGUACUAUUUUCUAAAGCAAGAGGAGUGCAAACGAUACUGUUGAAAUAAAAAAAGUUAUUUAAAAACCAAAUAGGUAUAGGACUUAAGUACAAUAAAUGCACUUUUAUAGUAAAGAGUGGACAUUGUUACAAUUUAGAGCGCAUCUGAUCAGUAGCUGAUUUAGUUUUAAGUUUCAAUGCAAAUAUUUUUGUCCUUAAUGAUAUCAAUGCCUUUAUUCUGUCAAAAUUAUUUUUCGUGGUGAAUGAGGGGGGCCUAAACAAAACUCAAAAUAAAUUUUAACAAAACUUUUAAGAGUGAACCAAUCCUCAACUAUUUUGAAAAAUCGCAAUGGGCUAUAAUUGGUUUAUAUUUAACAGAGGUUCAAAGCAUUGUCUUGUUUCUAAUCCAGUUUUUCAGUUUACAUGUUUGUUUGAAAGAUAAAUAAAACUUUGGAAACCAAGUAGUUUUUGUUUUCAAAACUGUCCAGAAAAAGCAAGAUAUCGGAGAUGUAAUUAUGCAAGUCCUGGAUAAGAAUACUAAGUACACUACUGUUUGGCUCAAAUAUCUUUGACCUUUUGAGGGAGUUGUUUAUCCCAAUAUAAUACCAUAAAUGGUAUAAUUUUUGAAUAAAUAUACAGUUCUGCUUUAAAAAAGCAUUUACUUUGCAUACAGUAAAUGUUGAAUUUGGUAAUAUUGUAUCUGUGGCAUCUGUACAAUGGAGAUUUCUAAAACAUCCUCUAAAAAUGGACAAUAAUAAUUUUAUUUUGAGAGAAAUUUUAGUGAGCUAUGUAAGUUAGGACAUCUGAAAUUUUCUGAUAUUUGAUUGUUUGGAGCUUAAAGGGGAAAACACAUAACACUUCAUCAAAAUGACAUUUUCAGUGUCCUAAACUUUUAGACAAGCUUUCAAAGGAUAGUUUGAAUGAAAAAGUCAAUUAACUUUUAAGUUACAUAUAGCAAUGGGAAUGAUCGGUGAAUAAAAUAGCUAACAUUUUCACAUUUUUAUGUAAAGUUAUUUGAUUAGACAUCAGAGACCAAAUUCAGAAAUAUGAAUUACAAAAAAUCAUUCAUUUAAAUACAUCUUAUUAAAAAUAAUCCCAGUUGAAAAUAGUAAGUAAAAUAAAAACAUUCAGCCUGACUUGAAAAAAAUGCUUAUUCAAUAAAUACAUCUUUGUAUCUUCUGCUUGUUUCUAUUAAUUAUCCUACCUGUGAAUGAAAAAUCACCUAAUGAGGGGAAAAGAGACAUUAGAACCUUCUACAAUAGACUUUAUGACUUUCGUUGGCUUAAAUGCAGAUGAUUUUCUCCUACACAGCUUGUGAGGUUAUCAAGAAUUGUUAUUCACACCUCUUCCUAAAGUCAUGUCAGAAAGAGCCCAAAUUUCUAGUAGCGACUGCAGAAGCAUCCUGAGUGGAAAUAACUCCAGGGAAACCAGAGAAUGCAUGAAAAAACAGAGAUAUGGUCUCUGCUUCUUGUCGCUAAAAAGUGCAUUAAAGUGUAUUGUAAAUACAGAAAACUAUUUCAAAAUGCCAAAGGUUUAUGAUGUCAAGAAUUAAAUACUUCGCCAAUGAAAAGAGGCCAUGGGAUGUGAUGGUCACGGCUCUGAUGUAUGAUCUAUCUUCACACAGCAACAACAACAUCUCCAAAAGUCCUUAUCUCUGAGUAUCACUUCUCUCCAAAAAUAAAAAUAAAUAUGCUCUCUUCUUCCCUUUUUUCUGACUAGAAUCGUAAAAAUAUCAGACACCAUAAACACUUUGUUGCCUUCUAAGAAAAACAUGCUAUAGUAUAUACAUAUAUACACAAUUCAGUGAGUUGCAUAGUAUUAAAAUAUUUACAUGCUGAUUUGUAAAUUCUUACCCAAGUGUUUAAAAAUAUAUCAUGAUAAGAUUUUAGUGCUAGAAAGUUAUUGUGUUCUUUGUAUCUGGGAUUCAUGGAGAAGACUAGUAACAUCCUUUCCUUUGAAUACAUAUAUCUAAGCAUUUUUACUUGGAUGUCUAAUAGACAUCUUCCAUUUAACAUUUACAAAACCAAACUUCUCUUCCUUCACCCUGAACCUCCUUCCCCUCUAGCAAUCCCAUGCCGUAACCUUCCAGUUCCUAAGGCUUAAAACUUUGGAGCCAACUUCUCUUUCUCUCCAAUAUUUCUCUCACAACCACAUCCAAUCAUCUAGCUCAUACUGUUGGCUCUCCUUCAAAAUAUAUGUAUCUACACUCUCAUCACUCCUCAAACCAUCACUACCUUGGUCAAAGACUUCAACAUUUUCCUCCUGGAAUAUUUUAAUAAUCUGAAAACUAGUCUCCUUUCUUCUGCCCUUGGCCCCUAGAAUCAAUUUACAACACAUUAGCAAGAGUAAGAACGGAUUAUUUCACUCUCUUCAAAACUCUCUGCAAGAGUAGAAACCAAAGUCCUUAAAAUGGAGCAUGAGGAGAAUUGGUAUGAAGUUAAGUAAACACCAGUAUGGCAGAAUAGUGUAUUUUCUGAUUGGGUUGGCAUUUUUGCCUGUACGAUGCAAAAGUAAUUGUUAAAUACUUUAAUUUCUUGCUUCUGAAGUCCUACACAAGAUACCCUCUCACCCCUGAUCUGUGACCUUGACUUUUCUUAGAUCUUAGAUCAUCUCUUAAGAAUGUUUCCUCUUCUCUUUGUUCUCUUGUCAAACUGUCAUCCUUGCUGUCCCAGGAGCUUGCCGAGCAUGCCUCCACCUCAGAAGUUUUGCCCUUUUGCUCCUUCUGCCUCCUUCCCUGAUAUCCACUUGGUUUAUUUCCUCACCUCCUUCAGAUCUUUGCUCAAAUGUCACCUUCUUAGAGGGAACUCUCUAGACUUACCUAUUUAAAAUUACGUGGCCCUUUGGUUUUUCAUAUUUUCCUUUCCUGCUUUAUUUCUUCUCCAUAGCUUUUACCACCUUUUAAUACACCGUAUAGCUUAUUUAUUUUAUUUUAUGUUUUCCCCUAAUAGAACAUGAAUUCCACACAGGCAGGGAUUUUUGUCUGUCUUGUUUCCUAUUGCAUUAUCAGUGCCUUGAGUAGUGCCUGGAGUUGAGUAGCAAAUCCAAAAGGAUUGCAUGAAGAUCUUAAUUUUUUUCAGCAAAUUAUAUAAUAGACAGGAAUAUGCAUUUAAGGAGAGGUUUUUUUCCUAAUGAGAAACAUCUUUUUGUUAUUUAUCUUUGAAGGGGGAUUUUUCCCAUCUCUGAUGAUGAUGAAAUCAUGAAACAAGAACUAUAUCCCUCUUUCCCCCAUAUCUAGUCUCUACCCCAGGGUCUAAGUUUGACAUUAGUGUUUGAGCUUUAUCUUUGGGAGUUUCUCUAAGAUCAUUGGACCCUAUAUCAUAUGCAUGACUUACACUUACUCUUGGAGAAACCGCAAGAUCCUUCAGAUGAAAAGUCAUUUUGAGCUCAAAACUAUAGUUAAUUGUUCUUCAUUGUUUUCCUAGUUCAUUCCAAUUUUUAAAAAUUAAGGGAAUUUAAAAGACCAUUAUUCCUCCAAUAUUUGAAGCCAGAUUAAGAGGAAAUGUCACUAGAGUUACUUUUACUGGAAAGGAGAAGGAAAAGAAGAAGAGAAGGGAAAGAAAUUAUGAUCACUCUCUCUGAAACAGUUAUAAGAUGAUGAGGGACUUUUUGGUAGUUUUAAGAUCUUCCCACGAUCUACAAACCUAUAGAAUACAACCAUUUAGUCUAUGAACCCUCUUAACAGAAGUCUUAUAUCAAUCGAGUUUUAUAUUUGAUAUCUUUACAUAUCUUUUACUUUGAAAAUUUACAGUUCUGACAUGACAUGAAUUACUCACGCUCAUACAUUCUAACUGGCUUUCCAACUUUUUCCCUCUUCUCUGCAUUUGAUUUGCAGCUAUCAUUUUCUGAACCUUACAAUCACAUUCAUUGUCUUUAUCCCUAUACUUUUAUUUCCUACGAUUUGGACUGACUUCUCCGUAAUUUUAAUAACCAGAUAGCUUAGAUAUUGGUUCUUGGUGUGACGGGUUUCUGACUUUUAUCCUUAAAGUUUGUAUUUGCAUUUUUACCAAACUUGGGUUAUUCCCUUUCCUCUACUGCACUGUCGUGCCUUUGUCUACAUUGUAAUGGUUCAAGCCCCCAGUUUUAUAAUUUCCUACCAGACCUGCUACUAUGAAGACACUGAAAAUAAAGAAUUGGCUGGUGGUAUUGAAGAGGGAAAAAUAACCUGAAGAAUAAGGAUAGAUGUUUGAAAAUGUUUUCAAAGACAACCAGUCUUUUAGUGGCUUUGUGAUGCAUACUAUGUAGCAUAUUGGGAAUCAAUAUAAAUCACGUUUGCUGUCAAGUACAUAAAUAUAUGGCAAUCAGGGUUAACGGAUAAUUUGGAAAACCCUUCUUCUAUGGAGAAGAGACUAAAUUGUUCUUAAAGGCAGAAUUUUCUUGUGUUUCUUACUAUUUGAUCCUUGACAGUCUGUGCAGUAGAAGCUAUUUGCCUCUGUGACAUCCUUUUUUGCCAGUCUUCAUGAAUGUGUUUAGCAAAACUUCCAAAAUAAAGGGUUCAAGCUCAAGUAUAUACAUACAUGGAAGAUACUGUAAUUCAGCCCUUCUAUUGAAUUUUGUUUCUUUUUAUGAAUGAAUCCUAGGAAUAUGUUCCUUAGUAAAUUUUAUUAAUUCUAUCCUCUUUUUAAUGGAUUUAGAAAUUUUACGGGUCAUUCUUUAUUAUAUUCUUAAAACCAUAAUAUUAACUUUUUAUUUAAUGUCUAUAUUAUCUCAUGUCUUUGUUGAUUUCUGAGGAUGAAUGGAGUUCUGUUAAAUGAAAUGUCACUAAGUGAAACUUAUGAUUCAGAAAUGGAUGUGCACAUAUGCCCUUUCAAUCUUUUUAGCUAAAUUCCUGUAAAUUUAGAAAACACAUCAUAUCAAAUAGCUAUCAAUAAAUUUGUCAUUAAAAUAUGGAGACAUAAGAAAUUGGUGUUAGUAUUUGGAAGUACAAAAUGCUUUUAAAUGGACUUUAAACAUGUGCGGGCAUAUUAUACUAUUGUCUUGAAUUUAUUGUUGAUUUAAUCAAAUAUACUUAGUAUAUUUUCCAAAUCACUAGAAUGUCACUUGACUUCUAGAAUGAUGGAAUGAAGAUACAAGCCAGCGUCAGUUAUAAAGUCUUCCCCUUGAAGUAGUAGAGUGAAUUGGAUGAUGAUUUCAGUUUAUUUCAUUUUCAACAUGAACAAAUAUUUAUUGAGCCCUUAUGCUGCCCCAGGCACUGUUCUAGGUUCCGGGGAUAUAGCAGUAAACAAAAUAAAGCCCUUGCCCUUCUGAAAGUCACAUCCUAGUGGCGAGGACACACACAAAGCAGAUAAGCAAAGUUGUGUACUGUCUGGUGGUGCUUUAAGUGUGAUAAGACUUACUAGUUUAAUUUGUGUGACCUGUGGCACACAGUUUUCUCCUCUGUGAAAUGGGACAAUAAUUGUGUCAACAAUAUGAGCUAGAUUUUGAUAAUCUAGUCCCUUCCUUUUCAUGGAAAAUGCAAUAUUAUCUCCACAUUUCCAUGCUGUUUUGGGGAUAGUUGUUAAGUUUCUUUGGUUCCUUCCUUUCUGCUCAGUGCUGGCAGUACCUGCCAGGGCUGCAGAUGCUCAGGGGAAAGGCCUCUCACAAUCUGCCUUUUGGGGUCUUCCAGAGGUGGCAGGUUCUGCUGAAUUUUGUCCCUUUUAAGGUAAAUUCCUUACUGCUUUAAUUAAUUAUACUGAACAAUAAACAUUGAUCUUUGUCAGAAAACAAAGAACCAAAGAUAAAAAAUUCUCAUUGAACAACUUAAUCUUCCCAUUUAAUCUAUUUUCCCUUAUCCACAAGCAGAACCUCAAACCCAUGGUUUUCCUGGGUAGGUUUGGGUAUAUUCUAUACCCAAAGUACCAAAGUACCAUAAUUAAAGGGAGCUCUCAUCAUGGCGGUUCCAGAAGUGCUCCUUUAGGUGGUAUUAAAAGGAUUAUUUCCUGCUGGUUUGUGAAACGUAAUGAGAAUUUUUCUUCUUAUAGGGUGUUCAUAUUAUAAAACACCUUGAGAAACUCAUCUUAGGAAAGUCUCAAAGUAUGGGCAGAGUAGAGAGCACCAUGAAUAUUGAUUAUAACUCAUCUAGGAGGAACCAUGAGUAAAUAAAAGUUUCUCUUAUGGGGGCCAGCCCAGUGGCGCAGCAGUUAAGUUCGCACGUUCUGCUUUGGUGGCUUGGGGUUCGCGGGUUCA